AUUGAUCACUUUGGAUUUGACGAAAAUCUUACAUUCCAGCAGCGAUACCUAAUAGCAGAUCAACACUGGAAAAAAGAUAAUGGACCAAUGCUAUUUUACACAGGCAACGAAGGAGACAUCACAUGGUUCUGCAACAACACAGGUUUUAUGUGGGAUGUGGCUGAAGAACUUGGUGCCAUGUUAGUAUUUGCUGAACAUAGAUAUUACGGAGAAUCUUUGCCCUUUGGAAAUGAGUCUUUCAGUGACUCCAAGCAUCUGAAUUACCUGACCUCCGAGCAAGCACUGGCAGAUUUUGCAGUGCUAAUAGAGCACUUAAAGGGGAGCAUCGUAGGAGCCCAGUUUAGUCCCGUCAUCGCAGUUGGAGGCUCCUACGGAGGGAUGUUGGCAGCGUGGCUUCGGAUGAAGUACCCUCAUGUGGUCGUUGGAGCUCUGGCAGCCUCUGCCCCAAUCUGGCAGUUUGGUGAUUUGGUUCCUUGCGGCACUUACUUCAGCAUAGUGACUAAUGAUUUCAAAAAGAGUGGGAAGGGCUGCUCCGAAAGCAUCCGGAAUUCCUGGAAUGCCAUUAACAGUCUCUCUUCAACAGAUGCAGGUUUGCAGUGGCUCUCCAGUGCAUUUCACUUGUGCAGCCCAUUAAAAAAUCUUCAGGAUGCUGCUAUAUUGAAGAGCUGGCUGGCUGAGACAUGGGUGAACUUGGCUAUGGUGGAUUAUCCCUACGAAGCUGACUUCCUACAGCCUCUGCCAGCCUGGCCUAUACAGGUAGUCUGCAAAUUCUUGACGAAUCCCAGUCUUCCAGACAAGCAGUUGCUGCAGAAUGUUUUCCAGGCUGUAAAUGUCUACUACAACUACUCAGGAGAAGCCUCAUGCUUUGACAUGUCUCAGACUGCCACCAAGAAUCUGGGCCAGAUGGGCUGGUACUACCAGGCUUGCACUGAGAUGGUGAUGCCCAUGUGCACAGAUGGUGUCAACGACAUGUUUGAGCCCCAGAAGUGGGACUUCGAUGCACUUUCGAACGAGUGUUUCAAGCUGUGGGGAGUGAGGCCUCGGCCCUCGUGGAUCCUUUCCAUGUAUGGAGGGAAAAAUAUCAGCUCACACAGUAACAUCAUCUUCAGCAACGGYGGCCUGGAUCCCUGGUCUGCCGGUGGGGUGACGCAGAACAUCAGCGAGUCCCUCAUGGCCAUCGUGAUCCCAGAUGGAGCCCAUCACCUGGACCUUCGCAGCCGCCACCCUUGYGACCCCAGCUCCGUGCAGCAGGCUCGCGCCUUGGAAACCCGCUCCAUGAAGCAGUGGAUUGAGCAGGCCUCGGAGCCCCGCUCCGUGAAGCRGUGGGCUGAGAAGGCCUCAAAGCCCCGCUCCAUGAAGCGGUGGGUCGAGAAGGCCUCACGCAGACCCUGAGCCUCCCCUUGGCUCCUCUGGGAGCAGGGCCAGGCCUCAGCGUGUGGCCACCUGAACGUCUCCCUGCUGCCUCCUCCUUUGCAAUCCUAGCUGCCAAUGCUUGUGCCCAGGAGAGAAGACGGGGAUGAAGAGCGUUUUCCAGCAACCACCUUGGGCUAAUAAAGUGCAUGGACUGAGCUGCCUGCCCUGGCUUGAUUUCCUAUUCUGCUGGUCUCAAACGCUGCACAAUAAGGUAGAGAUCCUGUUCUGGGCUUGAUGCCUUCCUGGCUGCAGUAGAUUAUGGUCUUGGGUGCUGGGAGAGCGUGUGCAUGGGUUAAAUGGCAGUGUUGUUAAUGCCCAUGUUACCCGCUGUCUUCCGUGGGUCUGGAUUUCGGACACCCUCAGCUGGAAUGAACUGAGAUGGCAGAAGUGUGGGAAGAAUCAUAGAACACAAAUCACCUCACCUUUAAUGCUGGAAAAACAAGUGUAUGCUCUUCCCUCACCUUUCUGGCAGCUCAUGAAUCCAAGCUGUGGAAGAGGCUUUUCCCUUCCGCCCUGUACUGCAUCGGGGCUGGUCCCUGACUCUUUGCUGAGUGUGCAGCGUUUACCCUGCGGCUUUAUUUCUCCCAUUGCUGUGUGUCCUAACCCCAAAAUAUGUCACAGUGAUUACAGUAGCCAAAAAAAAAAAAUCACCCUCAGACUUUAUUUUGUGUCUGUGUGUGUGCAUGUCCUCUGCACAAACACUUAGCUCUUUCAUCAGGAAGCUUCCUCAGCUGUUCUCCUGAAGAGCAAAUGUCACACUUGUGCUGGCGAGAUCUUAUGAAGGGACAAAUAAUGUGGGCAGAGCCUUGUCUGGAGUCYUCCCUCCCCCCCAUUCUUUGUAUUGUUGAAAUUUUGCAUGAUCUGUUUGCUGAGAGCUCUUUAAUAAAAAGCCUUUUUUUAAAAAAAAAAAAUAGUUUGCAGGACAAACUCUUCAAAGUGCAGAGUGCAGCUUUGCUCUUGGAUCAGCCUGAAGCCUGGUGCAGAGCUCCACAAGCCAGGUGCACUUGGGCUCUGUAAAGCUUCCAAAACAGACAAGCUGUCCUUAUUCAUGGGACCAAAUAUCUCUUCUUAAUAAAUGGCUGGAGCAGCUUUGGCUUCAUUCACCCUGCAGGUGAGCAUCCAUCCGAAAGGAUCCUUUGCAGUUGCAAGGACAAUCCCAGUUCAGCACGAUGUGGGCAAGGCCUCUUGGGCUUCUUGAGGCUCUUAAAACUUGCGAUUCUGUUGAAAUGUGUCUCAGCUUUGUUGAUCGUUGAGUAUUUUCCAAAGACACCAGGUGGCCCCUUCUUGUUUCCACUCUCUUCCCGUUCUGUGGGGAAAAAGAAAACAAACAAAACCAYCCUCCCCCCUGCAAAAGACACCCCCCUCACACACCUGACAGAUAGUUUAUUUUUUAAUAAACUCCUGUUAAUCCUAGCCUGCUUCUAGUAAUUCCUAGCAUACUCAUCUUGCUUGAUGUUCUAGAAACAGUUGUUUAAACAAGACUUUUAGGUUCAGGUUGAGAGGUUAUUACUUCAGAGCACAUAAAGAGCAAGACCAGAAAAGAAGCAGAGGGGCAAAAGGAAGAGCUGAUUUGAACUGCCUAAACCCCUUGACUGAAAGCUGUUGUCAGUCCCAUUUCCAAUAGGUCCAUUUUGGGGGGGGGUAACAUGAUAUAAAUAUACUCCAAUUUCUUGCUCAUGUACUUGAAGAUGAUGUGUUGAUGCUGAAUUUCUUACACACUCCCAGAUUAAUAUUUUUUGUUCUAAUUAGAGUUAAAAUGUAAAGUUCUGAGUGCCUGUUCUUGCCACUGUGAUGCUGCAUGGGGAUGGAUGGG